CACCACCUCCUCCUCCUCCUCCUCCAGCAGCACCACCACCACUUCUUCCCUCAAAAGAUGGAAAAUGCUUCAAACAAAGGUUCAUUCAUAAACAACCCCACAGAAAAACCACCAGGCAGGGCUCCAACAACCUUUGUCUUGAGUCCCAUGACACUAAGCUCGAGUCACAAUGGUAGCAACCUUUACGACUCCUACGAGCUCCAAGCUGUCACAAAACAGCUAAACCGUGCUAUGCAGGGCACAAAUGGCUCUUUGUCACCUUACUCCUUCUACUUGAAGUCCCCUUUCUACCGGCAUCGCCUGGAUCGUAUUUACAGAGAUAACACAAAGACACACAAGAGAAUUUCGUGCUCGGGUUUGGACAAUCGAGCGCUUGAUUCAAAGGCGUACGCGCGGGGUAUGAAGGGAUUUGGAGUGUGGCUCUGGAAGAAGGUCAAACGUGGGUUUGCAAGAAACAAGGCAUAGAGGAUGGUCUAAAGUUUUGCUUGAUAUCAACAAACAGAUUGAUCAUGCUAUAGGCUGUAUCUCAAUAAAG